GUUAACGCGGUCCUUCAAAAUGGCGUCGAGGAGACUUUUUCGUCAGCUUCAGAAAGCGCAGAAAUCAAUUUUGAGUCCCGCACCAGUGUCUGUGAGCUUUGUGACAACACGAUGUCUCUGUCAACACAUCCAGCGCAACACAGGCUCAAAUCUCUUUACCAGACACAGGCCUGUUUGGGGCACACAACAAGCUCGGACAAUGUUCAUCCAGACUCAAGAGACACCUAAUCCUAACAGCCUCAAGUUUAUUCCUGGUGUGACAGUGCUGGAGUCUGGAACUUUCGACUUUCCUAACCCCCAGUCAGCCUACUGCUCCCCGCUAGCAAAACAACUAUUCAGGAUUGAGGGCAUCAAAGCAGUGUUUUUUGCAACAGACUUUAUCACAAUAACAAGGAUUGAUGAAGAUGUGGAGUGGGGAAUUUUGAAGCCAGACAUCUUUGCCACCAUCAUGGACUUCUUUGCUUCCAACCUUCCUGUUCUUACAGAUGAACAGCCCUCCUCUGAUACAUCAGCCCAUCCUGAUGAUGAUGAGACAGUGUUGAUGAUCAAGGAGCUGCUGGACACUCGCAUCAGGCCAACAGUGCAGGAGGAUGGGGGAGACAUUGUCUACAUGGGUUUUGUUGAUGGCGUUGUGAAACUGAAGAUGCAAGGGUCGUGUACGAGUUGUCCCAGCUCAGUCGUCACACUAAAGAAUGGGGUACAGAAUAUGCUGCAGUUCUACAUACCUGAAGUACAGUCCGUGGAGCAGGUUGAAGAUGAAGCUGAUGAAAUGGCACAUAGUGAACUGAGGAAACUGGAAGAGAAGAUUGGGGAGAAAGAUUGAACAUCCCCAGGUACAGAAGGAUGAAGAGAGAUCUGUGUGAUGAAGGGAUGUGAUUGUGUUCUAGAUUGAUUUUCAGAAGCAGUGUUAGAACCUUGAGGUUUGCUGCUGUAUCUAGGGACCUGCAGAAUCUAUGCUAGUUAAUAUUAUUGUUAUGACAGAAUCCUUUGACAUGUGAAAAAACUGUAUUUAAGGUGUAUAUUUGGAAUAUUGAUACCUCAUUUAUACUCAAAGCACUGGAAUUGUUUUAUGUGACAUAGGAAAGAGUGAAAAUCUUUGUUUGUGUGAAAGUAUACUAAAAGGGGAUUGGUUGGUUAGUGUUUGACCUGAUUGUGUGUCAUUUCAACAGUAUGGUGUGGAUAAUGCUAUCAACCGCUGGUGUGUCUAAUCCUGAUUUAAGAGUGACAUACGUGUAAUAUUGCUGACUGUGAGAAAAGACAACAUUUACUCACUCUGUCCUUUUCUUGACAAAAAAAAUGAAAGAGAGAUGAGAGAUGAUAAAAAAGAAAUUGUUAUCAAUUUGUAAAUCCAUAACUGUUGUGUUAUUGCAGAAGAAUGUCUAAAUGUCUAUCAGUGUUGGCAGAUCAACACUCCUACCCUUGGUUCAAGAAUUCUUAAUUACUUUCUUUCUUUGCACUUUGGUGAGAGAAAACUAAAAUGGGGAUCUAAAUGCAUUACCAGACUGUUAUUGUGUUAUUAUACGCCACUGGCUUAUGUUGUUGUUCACACUACCAACCUCCGAUCCCGUGAAGAUCCGGGAAUAGGUCUUCGGCAACCCAUGGUUGCUAUAAAAGGCAACUAUGCUUGUCGUAAGAGGCGACUAACAGGAUUGCUGACUUGGUUGAUGCAUGUCAUUGUAUCUCAAUUGUGUGGGUCGAUGCUCAUGGUAUCGAUCACUGGAUUGUCUGGUCCAGACUUGAUUAUUUACUGACCACCGUCAUAUAGCUGGAAUAUUGCUGAGUGUGGUGUUAAGCAACAAACAAGCAGAAACACACAGACAAACCUGGGAUCCCAAUUGCAUAGAUCGAUGCUCAUGAUGUCGAUCACUGGAUUGUCUGGUUCAGACAUACAGCUCAAAUAUUGCUGAGUGUGGCAUUAAACAGCAGUCAAACGCACAAAUAAACUCAGUAAAAAUAGUUAGACAAAGAUGUUCUCAUUGAAACACAUUAAGCUUUUAGUAAGGCUUAUAAUUAAAUUACUAAAAUAAAUUGGCUUGGCCUCACAACUUAAAGAUAUAACCAUGAGAGAAAACAGUGGAAGCCCUCUAGGUAUAAUUAUAAAAUAAUGUUAGUAUUUGUUAGAAGUUUAUCAUGGUGUAUGGUGAGAUUUUGGUUGCAGUGAAACUCAUUGCAAGAACUAUGUCAUAUGGAACCUACAAUGCUGUUUGUAUAUGUGUUAUUACAUGUGUUGUAUGUUACCAUAGUUAAUACAGGAAUUUGUUGAUUGAAAUAAAUACCCCUCUGUGAAGAAA